GGCCAGGAGGGUGGCAGAAGUAGAGGGGACAUUUCACCAUGGAAUAUGAAGUCAAGAAAGGGAAGAAGGGCUUUGUAUCCCCCAUCCGAAGGCUGGUGUUCCCCAAGGCCGGGCGCCGUGCAGCCUGUAGGAGCAGCGUGAGCCGCCGGCCCCUGCACUCGAUGCCCCUUUAUCCCCCCGACUACCUCAUCGACCCCCAGAUUCUGCUGUGUGACUACCUGGAGAAAGAGGUCAAGUUCCUGGGCCACCUUACCUGGGUGACUUCCUCACUGAACCCCUCCAGUCGGGACGAGCUCCUGCAGCUGCUAGACACCGCCAGGCAGCUGAAGGAGCUGCCGCUGAAGACCACGGCGGAGCAGGACAGCAUCCUGAGCCUGUCUGCCCGCUGCCUGCUGCUCACCUGGCGCGACAACGAAGAGCUGAUCCUGCGAAUCCCUACGCACGAGAUCGCCGCCGCCUCCUACCUGCAGGACGAUGCGCUGCACCUGCUAGUGCUCAAGACCGGUCUGGGCGUGGACCCGGUGCCGGCCGGCGUGGACACCAGCCCUGGCGGCGCAGGACGCGACCCCGGCCCGCCGGGCGCGGCGCCCGAGAAGCGGCGGGUGGGCACCGCGGAGCGGCGCCACACCAUCUGCAGCCUGGACUGGCGGAUGGGGUGGGGUGGGGGCACAGCGGAGGCCCGGGCCGGGGGAAGCGGUGGCGGCAGCCUGGAGCGCCAGCGCGUCGGGGCGCGGGCGUCGGGCAGCUGGGAGCGGCGGCAGACGUUCAGCGGCAGCUGGGAGCGGCGGCACGGAAGCGGCGGCGGCGGCGGUGGUGCAGGCAAGCCGGGCGGCAGCUGGGAGCGGAGGCAGGCGGGCAGUGGCGGUGGCAGCUGGGAGAGGCGUCAUCCCGGUCCCAACCCGCUCGACCCGCAGGACCCCAGCCCCGACGCCUACUGCAACCUGGUCAUCCUGGCUGUAGCCAACAGGAAGGGUAACAUCUUGGUCGUUGGUGAGGACCUGAGCUCUCUAUCCUCCUCCCUGGGCCAGGACGCUGCAGAGGAGUCCUGCGCACUCAUCUGUCAGGUCUUCCAGAUCAUCUACGGGGACCAGAGUAUUGAGUGUGUGGACCGGGCUGGCUACCACUACACAUCCACUCCUGAACGGCCGUGGCUCUGCAGCCGCAGUGAGAGCUGCCGCACAGAUGGGACAUAUGCCUAUGAUGCCGACUUCAGCUGCUGCAGCUCCUUCAAUGGCUCCCAGGACACCUUUGAAGCAUGUUACAGCGGCACGUCCACACCUUCUUUUCACGGCUCCCACUGCAGCAGCAGUGACCACAGCGGUCUGGGCUUGGAGCAGUUACAGGAUUACAUGGUCACGUUGCGGAGUAAGCUGGGGCCCCUUGAGAUCCAGCAAUUUGCACUGCUGCUGCGGGAGUACCGGCUGGGGCUGCCCAUCCAGGACUAUUGCACAGGCCUGCUGAAGCUCUAUGGAGACCGGCGCAAGUUCCUCCUCCUCGGGAUGCGGCCCUUCAUCCCGGACCAGGACAUCGGCUACUUUGAGGGCUUCCUGGAGGGCGUGGGCAUCCGCGAGGGCGGCAUCCUCACUGACAGCUUCGGCCGCAUCAAGCGCAGCAUGAGCUCCACGUCGGCCUCUGCGGUGCGCAGCUACGAUGGCGCAGCGCAGCGGCCCGAGGCACAGGCCUUCCACCGGCUGCUGGCUGACAUCACACACGACAUCGAGGCGCUGGCCCCCGAGGACGACGAUAACGAUGACGACGAUGAGGAUGAGCCCCGGGGCUCCAGGGGUGGGAGCGACGCCGCUGAAGACAACUACCUGUAGCCACCGCCCCUGCGGACGGUGUGGCCCCGCAGCCCACCUCUGAGUCUCAGCUUUGCCUGGGCGACCCUAUCCCCGGGGGAGACCCUAUCCCCAGGGCCCACUCAUCACACCUGGCGGGGGCGGGGGCGUCUUCACUCCAGGGUCUCGCUCCCUGCCUUUGGGGCCCGGGACCCUGCAGUACCGAGAGUGUCCUGCAGCAGAUGAGCGAAGCCGGGCCCUAAAGACCUGGGCAGUCACCCGGGGCUCCCGUGCCGCUCUGCCGGGCUGGGGCUGGGCAGCGAUCCUGCUUUGUCCCAGUAGCCCAGAGGGGUCGGCCCCAGAACACCUCCUCCCCGGGACGCCGCAGCUUUCUGGAGGCUGAGGAAGGCAUGAAGAGUGGGCUCCACCUGCUGGCAGACUGAGAAAAGAAUUUCCAGAACUCUGUCCUAUUUUACAGAUUGGAAAACUAUGGUUCAAAAAGAGGGGAAGGGGCUUGAGGGAAUCUCCUGAUUCUCCUUAUAUGACCUCAAACUGGCCAUACUAAAUAGUGUAGAAGGUCUUUUUAAGGCUCUAAAUGUCAGGGUCUCCCGUCCCCUGAUGCCUGACUUGUACAGUCAGUGUGGAGUAGACGGUUUCCUCCACCCAGGGUUGACUCCGGGGUGAUCUGGGUCCCAUUCUGGCCUCAAGACCCCAAGCAAGGUGUUCCUUCAACUCUUGGAUUUGGAGCCAGGCCAACCUGGAGCCUCCAUCUGGUUAGUGUCAUAACCUCUGUGUGCUCCCGUUUCCCCAUCUGUCCAGUGAGCUCAGCCCCAAUCCACCUAACAGGGUGGCCGUAGGGAUUACUGAGGGUUUAGACCUUAGAGCUGAGUCUAGCACAUGAUAAGUGCCCAAUAAAUAUUCCUUUCCGCAUCAAA